AUGCCUACUCGAACCAUCAAUCCGUUUGCGACCGUAUCCCCAUCCUCUACCCCUUCUCUCGACGCCUUGAACGAGAAGAAGGAGCAGCCGCGGCGCUCGUCCUUCACCAAAGGCAACAAAUUCACAUCGCUGUUCGGCGGCAACACGCCUAGGACACGUAGUGAGGCCACUGCUCUGCGUGACGCUCUUGUUGCGCAGCAGCAGGCUCUCUUGGACAAUCCAUCGCCCCAGCAACAGAUCAACACCGCCUCAAUCUCCCUCCCGACCAUCAAUCUCACCGGGGCAACGGGCGAGAAGAUGCUAGCCGAACCCCAGACCCUCUUCAACCCCGAAGAAGCCCGGCGGAAAGCAAGAGCCGAUGCACAGUUCGGUCCCAUUGGAUCGCAGAAGCACCGAUACACAAGCACUUUCGAGGGAGAAUUUGGAGACCCCAUAGAAGACGAACCGCCAUAUUACUUUCUGCUCACCACCUAUAUCAGCUACCUAAUCUUAAUUGUAUUCGGACAUGUACGCGACUUCUUUGGCAAGCGCUUCAGGGCUGCACACUACAGCCAUUUGGCAGAGAGAGAUGGAUACGCGCCGUUGAACAGCGACUUUGACAACUUCUACACCCGCCGUUUAAAGAUGAGGAUCAACGACUGCUUCUCACGACCGACUACUGGUGUUCCGGGCCGAUUUAUUACCCUGCUCGACCGCAAGUCGGACGACGGCAACAACACUUUCAAGCUUCUUGGUACGACCACCGAGACUUUGAACAUGAGCUCGUACAACUACCUUGGUUUUGCACAGUCUGAGGGACCUUGCGCCGACGCUGCAGAGCAGGCAGUCCGCAAGUACGGUGUCACCAUGGCCAGUUCCCGCACCGACGCUGGUACGUCCGAAUUGACCAUUGAGGUCGAGGAUUUGAUCGCUCGCUUCGUCGGCAAGCCUGCUUCCAUGGUUUUCUCUAUGGGUUUCGUUACGAACGCUACCGCUUUCUCCACUAUCAUUGGCAAGGGCUGCCUCAUGCUCUCGGAUGAGUUAAACCACUCUUCGAUUCGAUUUGGCGCUCGUCUUUCGGGCUCGAUGAUUAAGAUGUUCAAGCACAACGACAUGAAGGAUUUGGAGCGCUUGCUUCGGGAGGCCAUCUCGCAAGGACAGCCUCGCACUCACCGUCCAUGGAAGAAGAUUCUUGUCACAGUUGAAGGUCUCUACUCUAUGGAAGGCACCAUGUGCAACCUCCCCGCGCUGAUCGAACUGAAGAAGAAGUACAAGUUCAACCUGUUCGUCGACGAGGCGCACUCCGUCGGUGCUGUUGGUCCUCGUGGACGUGGUGUUUGUGAUUACUUCGGCAUUGAUCCCUCCGAGGUCGAUAUCCUCAUGGGAACUCUGACAAAGUCAUUCGGUGCCAACGGAGGUUACCUGGCAGCUGACCAGGAAAUCAUCGAUAAGCUGAGGACCCAGAACGCCGCCAUGAUGUUUGCCGAAUCACCAACCCCUCCCGUCCUCGUCCAGAUCGCUUCUUCUCUCCGCAUCAUCAGCGGCGAAUUGGUCCCCGGACAGGGUCAGGAGCGUCUACAGCGUCUUUGCUUCAACUCACGGUACCUUCGUCUUGGUCUCAAGCGACUAGGCUACAUUGUUUACGGUCACGACGACUCGCCUAUCAUUCCUGUCAUGCUCUACAACCCCGCCAAGAUGCCUGCUUUCUCCCACGAAAUGCUCAAGCGUAAGAUCUCAGUCGUCGUUGUCGGAUAUCCAGCAACACCUCUCGUUUCGUCGAGAGCCCGCUUCUGCAUAUCUGCGGCCCACACCAAGGACGAUUUGGACCGCAUGCUCGCAGCCUGCGACGAGGUCGGUGACCUAUUGCAGCUGAAGUUCAGCAGCGGUGUCGCUGGCGGCGGCGACCCGGAGGAACUGAAUGCGCCAGAGAAGGAUGGGCUCAGCAUUGUCAAGCCUCCCAGGUGGAGAUUGGCCGACGUUGUCAAGCGUGGAGUGGAGGACGUUCAGAUGGCCCUCAAUUAG